CUAACACGCCUCCAUUUCUUUUGAAACUCUCUAUCUGCUUCAUUCCAAUCCAGGUGCCAUGCCAAGGAUCUCAACACAACACUCCCACGAAUCAGAUUUUUCGUCACAGGUUUGCCAACAAAGAAAGACACAUAUGUGUCACAGCCGAGAUGAGUGUCAAGAACACCCUGGUCCAAGAUUUCCGUCCGUCCAAUGGAUUGGACUCCUAUGACAGCGGCCUGGACCUCCGAGAGGUGGUCUCUUUGCCCGACUACGAAGCCGUUGCUCCCAAGAACACAGGGACCAUCUCGCGAUCUCUGCACCGUUUUGGGCUGGAUAAAUGCCCCAUAUGUCGAGUCAUCUAUGAUGUCGGCACCAAUGAUCACCUGGCUGAGCAUUCACUCGAGGUUUUCUACUCAGUCGUGUUUGAACGGCAUUUUGGGGAUAUCCAAAGUGCGCUGGUGUUUCUUCUAUGGAAAACCCAAUUGAAGGCCCAGGUUUUGAUGUCGAAUUUGUGGGUCAAUGGCUUGCUCAUCAAACCCGAUCCCAAGUUUAUGUGUGGAGUGUACUGCCGAGCAUGUGCCAAGUUUAUCUUGCGACUUCAGUUUCAAGGUUUUCAUAUAAGAACUUGCCAAGGGAAUGGCUUCUCGGAUCUGGCUUGGUUUUGCCGGGGGUGUGAUGUCAUUUUCGGGAGUCAAGCCGAAUUGAUGUUACAUCGUCGAGAUCAUUCAUCCAAGCCCUGUGUGCCUUCAGAGCAUAUUUUGGACGAGCUAUCGGCUAGGGCUCGGGAAUGGGUUGAUCAUCCGGACCUCCCCACAGAUGCGAUUCAAGAUGGCUCUAGCCUAGACAAGCAGUUUCCGCACCCCAACACCGAAAAAAUACUUCAGAUCAAACGUGUUGUGGAGGAAGUCAGCGGCGAUUCAGAUGACUGUCAAGUGAUUGCUGAACUCCCUCAAAGGAAAGUCGGCAUGAACACCAUUCUACUGCAAGAUCCAAGACUAACACAACCUCAUUACGGCGAACGGGUCCUGGUGUGGCCCUCCUCUGGUCAAGAAUGGGCGCGAACAUGUCCCAAACCGGGGAUGUCCUACAUUCCACGGGACGCACCCCUCAAAUUGAUUGUGUUUCCUUGGAAUCAGGCCCACCGACUGAAUAUCAUGGAUGCCAAGAAUCCCCGUUUGGUUUGGGAUGAAGGGUCAGGCGGCUACAGUCCCAACACUUUGGACUACAUCAAGUAUGAGGAAGACGAUAUUGAAGAGAGUGAUUCCGUGGAACUAGUGGAAUGAAUAUCAGUAUCAUGAACAAUGUACCAACAAUUGGGGGCCCUUUGGAUCAAAGAAACUUCUAUCCAGUUUUUGAGGCCUCCACUAUGAGGAGCCAUUGCAACUGAGAUUUGAGGAUCAUUACUUGUCAAGUGGAGACAAGGGAGGCCUCUUUUCCUGUCUAGAAAAAUUGUGGAACAAAUUACCAAAGGAAAUCAAGUCCAGGAAAUAUUUGUAUGAAUUUCAAGAAGAAUAUCUGGAAUAAUUCAUAUGUUGUGAAAUGUAAUCCCUCCCUUCACCAUUAUUUUCUCGGUUUGAAACCAAUUCUCAUAAACAUCACAGAUGUC